GGCCUGCGGGUCGGAAUGGGGGGUGCCCAGAGGCGGGGCGCCCCUCUUCCUCGCUUCCCGCCACUGGCCCGGCCAAUCAGCGGCAGCACCGCCCCCCGGCGCGGCCCAGCGACCCCCCAACUCCGUUUUCGCGGGAAAAGAAAUCAGAGCAGCUGGCAAGGCCGGGGAGCUGGGGCACCCCGCUCCGUCGGCACCCCCAUUCCCACCGGGGCGCUCAGUCGGGCCGGAGCGCCGGGGCGGUGCAGAGAAGCAGGUACCAUGUGGUGGCUUCAGGUACGGACAAUGGACGGGAAGGUGACCCACACUGUGAACGCGCUGUCGCGGCUGACCACGGUGAAGGACCUUCGCGUGCAGAUCCAGGCGGUGUUCCACGUGGAGCCCGCCCUGCAGAGGCUUUUCUACCGAGGCAAGCAGAUGGAGGACGACCACACUCUGUUCGACUACAGCGUGGGACUAAACGACACCAUCCAGCUGCUGGUGCGCGCUCGGCCAGCAGACUGGGACUCGGCCUCCCCUUCCACUUCCGAUGCAGCGUCCACCUCCACCGCAGCCUCCGACGCUGAUGCCGACUCCUGCUCCACUCCAAAGGACGGCGACCGGGACGGGGACGAAGCCAAGGCGGACGGGGACGGGGACGGCGACGAGGAUGAGGAUGAGGCCUGGAGAGAGACAGACCAGGCGCGCCACAAGGCGGGUGAGUACGUGGAUGCCCGAGACACGUCCAUGGGCGCCUGGUUCGAGGCACGGGUGGUGCGGGUGACGCGCAGGGUGCCCUUGGACGAGCCUGGCUGCUCCUCGAAGGCCGUGAGGACGGAUGAUGGGAACGAGGAGGACAUUGUGUACCAUGUGGAGUAUGACGACUACCCGGAGAACGGUGUGGUGACUAUGGCUUCGCGGGACGUGCGGGCGCGGGCCCGGCACGUACUGCCCUGGGCAGAGCUGCAGGAGGGUCAGGAGGUGAUGGUCAACUACAAUCCAGACAACGUCAAGGAGCGUGGCUUCUGGUAUGACGGUGUCAUCGUGCGCAAAAAGGAGACACGCACCACCCGAGAGCUGGUGGCCAACGUCAGCAUCGGGGGCGAGUACAUCAACAACUGCCGGAUCCUCUUCGUGGACGAGGUCUUCAAGAUCGAGCGGUCUGGGGAGACCACCCCAGUGGUGGACAACCCACUGAGGAGGAAGAGCGGUCCCUCCUGCCGCCGCUGUCGGGACGACCCCCGCAAGCUCUGCCGCUCCUGUGCCUGCCGCGUGUGUGGGGGGAAGCAGGACCCCGACAAGCAGCUGCUGUGUGACGAGUGCGACAUGGCCUUCCACCUGUACUGCCUGCGCCCACCCCUCGCCAGCGUGCCCCCGGAGCCCGAGUGGUACUGCCCCGAAUGCCGCACGGACUCCAGUGAGGUGGUGCUGGCUGGCGAGAAGCUGAAGCAGAGCAAGAAGAAAGCCAAGAUGGCUUCAGCCACCACGUCCUCCCGGCGCGACUGGGGCAAGGGCAUGGCCUGCGUGGGCCGCACCAAGGAAUGUACUAUCGUGCCGUCCAACCACUAUGGCCCCAUCCCCGGCGUCCCCGUGGGCAGCAUGUGGCGCUUCCGGAUGCAGGUCAGUGAGUCUGGGGUACACCGGCCCCACGUGGCAGGCAUCCACGGCCGCAGUAACGACGGCGCCUACUCCCUGGUCCUGGCCGGCGGUUAUGAGGAUGAUGUGGACCAUGGUAACUUCUUCACCUACACGGGCAGCGGGGGGCGUGACCUCUCAGGGAACAAGCGGACGGCCGAACAGUCCUGUGACCAGAAGCUCACCAACACCAACAGAGCGCUGGCGCUCAAUUGCUCGGCCCCCAUCAAUGACCAGGAGGGGGCGGUGGCCAAGGACUGGCGUUCGGGGAAGCCAGUCCGCGUGGUGCGUAACAUGAAGGGUCGCAAACACAGCAAGUACGCCCCUCAAGAAGGCAACCGCUAUGAUGGGAUCUACAAGGUGGUGCGGUACUGGCCCGAGAAAGGCAAGUCGGGCUUCCUGGUGUGGCGUUACCUUCUGCGCAGGGACGACACAGAGCCUGUACCCUGGACCAAGGAGGGCCAGGACCGCACCAGGAGGCUGGGGCUCACCAUGCAGUACCCCGAUGGUUACCUGGAGGCCCUCGCCCUCAAAGAGCAAAUGAAGCCAAAGCGCAAGGCCAGGUCGCGGGGGGAGGAGGCAGCCGAGUCCAGCACCCCCAAUAAGGCCAAGCGGAAGAGCAAGUCUGCAGGCAACAGCCCCAGCGACGAAUCCCCCGGGAAGACCUACAAGAAGAGCCGGGUGGAGUCCUUCACCCUCUCGACUGAGCAGAGCCGGCUCAUCAAGGAUGACAAGAGCAACAGCAAGCUGUGGGCGGAGACCCUCAAGGCACUCAAGGACAGCACGUUCCAGAAGUUUUUGAGCAAAGUCAGCGAGACCUUCCAGUGUAUCUGCUGCCAGGAGCUGGUCUUCCGGCCCGUCACCACAGUCUGCAAACACAACGUGUGUAAGGGCUGCCUGGACCGGUCCUUCAAAGCUCAGGUGUUCAGCUGCCCGGCCUGCCGCCGUGAGCUGGGCCGCAGCGAGUCCAUGACCGUCAACCAGCCCCUGCAGACCAUCCUAGACCUGUUCUUCCCCGGCUACGGCAGCGGCCGGUGAUGCCAGCACUUGCCCAGCCCGAACCCCAACUCGCAGUGGGGGGCUCACUCCCGGCCCCCUCCAGGGCCCGUCCUGUCCUUCUUUGCUUCUUGUUGUUGUUUGUUUCUCCUCGAAUCCUCGACCUCUACAGGAUUUGGUACCCCGCCCCCCAAAAACACACACACACCCCAGAAAGCAAGACUUUCGCAAGUGUCAGGAUUCGGAGUUUUCAAAGCCGUCCAAUGCUUUUUCCCUUUCCUCCUGGAGAAGAUUCCAGAAGAUUGUCCGUCCUCCUUGCUCAGGUCCCCUUGGGAGACCUGCCCUGUGGCCUUCCAUCUCCCAGGAGGAGGGGGACGGUGUCCUCCCCGUGGUCCCCCUGCAGACCCACAGAGCCAGGUUCAAGUGCCUUGAGUCCUUCCUUCUCUGAACACAUGGACUGUUGACCUCUUGUCGUUAGUUUUCCUGUGAGCACUGAAUUGUCAAAAAAAAACGCCAACCAGGUUCUUCCUCCAAAAAUCUGGGCUUUAUUAUUUUGCUCUUGUUUGGGGGGGGGGUUUGCCCAGAGUGUCAUCGACCAGGUGAGAAUCCAGUUUUUCAGCCCACUAACUUGGAAUUCUAAGAGAAUUUCCUUUUAUUUUUUUGUCUCUCCCCCCCCAAGCAAAUACUUUUUUCUUUUUCUUUUUUUUCAAAAUGAAAUUUUGUUGUAGUUACUGUAUAUGUUAACAAGAAAACAAACAAAACAACAAUGCUAUAACUUAGGGUAUGUUCAUGUUUUCCUUUGUUUUCCCCUGACUUUACCCAAGUUUGCAGUUCUAUACCUCAGCAGAGCAGGGCUAUUUGAAAUCACACAACUGCAGACAAACCCAGAACAAUGUUUCUUACUGUUUAUUUUAUUAUCCCCCUCCCCCCCCAUCAUGGUUAGGUGUGGUGAUUGAUUGAUUGUUGUAGACAAGGAAAGAGUCGCUGUUUCUAAGGAGUUCCAAGAUGUUUCUGUCCGGAUUUUAGAUUUCUCAGAAUAAAUAACUUGCAUAUAUA